CCUCAAUAAUUAAAAAACUCACCGUUUGCAUUUGAAAUAAAGUUUUAUUGGAAUUUAGAUUUAAACUCAUGAAAUGAUUGUGUAUGUGAUUUUAAUAUACCUAAAUAGUUAGCGAGACUGUGAUUUAAGUGAUUUAUAAAUAACUAUUACCCUGAACUUUGAGUUUGAACGAAGCGGAACUACAGGUAUACGAAACGGAAGAUUGUUUUUAGAAUUAAUAAUUAUUGAAAUAAACUUACAGGCCGGUUACAAAGAAAAGAAAAUGCUGACGUUUUCCUGAGUAACGGUCAUGUGUUGGUCAUGUGUAUAAAGACGUGAAAAAUAGUUCAAUAUCAAGACGUAAGAUAAGUUAUAGCCGAGAUUAACUAGAUUUCGGUCAGAAUGGCAGAAACGGAUAACAAAGCCACUAUAGACACAGUGCAGGUUGCUCUGAGGAUUAGGCCUUUGAUGCAGUCUGAGAUAGACCGAGGAUGCGACGAAUGUAUCGAAGUGGUGCCUGGAAACCCUCAGGUGCAGAUAAAAGACCUGUGUUUCACGUACAACUAUGUGUUCGCACAACACAUCACUCAACAGGAGUUCUAUGACACAGCUGUUAAAGGACUCAUUGGUAGACUUUUUCAAGGCUAUAAUGUGACAAUACUUGCCUACGGUCAGACUGGCUCAGGAAAAACAUACACAAUGGGCACAAAUUACUCUGGAUCUGACGGUGAUUCCACUAAACUAGGUGUAAUUCCUCAAGCUGUAGCAGACAUAUUUGAAUACAUAGAGACGCAUGAUGAUAAAUUUAUCUUCAAAGUGAGCGUAUCAUUCAUGGAGCUAUACCAGGAGCAAUGUUACGACUUGCUGUCCGGAAAAGAGAGAGGGCACAGUAUUAUAGAAAUAAGGGAGGAUAUCAACAAGGGUGUUAUUUUGCCAGGUAUAACUGAGCUCCCCGUAACAUCGACCAUGGAGACGAUGAUGGCGCUAGAGCAAGGCUCGAUCGGUCGCGUGACGGGCUCCACCGCUAUGAAUCAAGCCUCGAGUCGGAGCCACGCCGUCUUCACCAUCGUCAUAGCUAAGGAGAGCCGGACUGAUAAAAACCUAGCAACCACUUCAAAGUUUCAUCUUGUCGAUCUGGCCGGUUCAGAGCGCAUCAAGAAGACUAAAGCAGUGGGUGAAAGAUUGAAAGAGGGUGUGAAAAUCAACCAGGGUCUGCUGGCCCUGGGUAACGUCAUAUCAGCACUGGGAGACGGCACCAAUAGGAGCUUUAUUAGCUAUCGGGAUAGCAAACUCACGAGGCUGUUGCAAGACAGUCUCGGUGGUAAUUCGUUAACUCUAAUGGUAGCUUGCGUAAGCCCGGCUGAUUAUAAUUUGGAUGAAACGGUAUCAACACUCCGGUACGCGGAUCGUGCUAGACGCAUCCGUAACAAACCUAUCAUCAACCAGGAUGCUAGAGCGGCUGAAAUUCUGAGAUUGAAUAAAUUAGUGAAUGACCUCAGGCUACAACUAGUUGGGAAAAUACCCACAAUCAGUGAAGCAGAUGCAGCUUCUAACGAGCAGUUACAGGAACAACUCGAAGCAGAAAGAGCAAAAUAUGCAGAGCUCCUCAAAAAGCAUAAACAAGUGACCCAACACCUCGGUAACAUGUUGAUAGAAAACACAAAUCUCUGUGAAAAGGCUCUGCUGGCUGAAAUGGCCAAGGACAAAAUAGAACGGAAAUUAAAUGAACUGACAGAACAGUGCAAUCAAACUAUAGAGAACUUGAGCACCACAGAUGCACUACAAGAUGAUAACAGUCAGAAAACCCAUGUUAUGGACUACCUUAAAGAUAUCAAAACUCGUUUGGAAGACUUGCAGUCGGUUAAUAUCAAGAUGGAGGAAGAAUUGAUUGAUCACGAGAUCAAGUUGUCGUUUGUCAAGAGUGAAGAUGGUGAGAAAUCUGAGGAAGUUGAGGAGCUGAAUGAAGACCAGGCGGUUAUGGAGGAGGAGAAGAGAGCUAUGGGACAGGUCGCGCUUAACCAAGAACUGCAAGAGCUCAACCGUGCUAUAGCCAUCAAGGCAUCCGUAGUGCAAGCUAUGAGAGCACAUAACAUAGAAAUGAUGGACAGCAACAACAACCUGCGAGAGAAUGAAGAGAGGAUCUCACAGUUGGAGAAAGAGAAGGAGAAACUCAUGCAGCAAUUAAAGCAGACUAAGACGAAGGACCCAUCGCAUGACGAACGCCGCAACAAAGUCUCGGAACUGGAGUCUCAGAUAUCGGAGCUGAAGAAGAAGUGCCAACAACAAGCUAACAUCAUCAAGAUGAAAGAGAAGAACGAGAGCAAGAUAGCUGCCUUGAAUGCUGAGCUGAUAGCCAUGAAAGCUACUAAGGUCAAAAUAAUUCGUCAAAUGCGAGAAGAAAGUGAAAAGUUCCGUAAAUGGAAGGCGGACAACGAGCGCGCAAUGCUGCGCCUGCGCAACGAGGACCGCAAACGGGCCACUGCCAUGGCCAAGAUGGAGUCGCUGCACGCCAAGCAGCAGAACGUGCUCAAGCGCAAGAUGGAGGAGGCCGUGGCCGUCAACAAACGGCUGAAGGAAGCUCUAGACAGACAAAAGACAACAGCGAUGAAACGCAACGCCAAGGGCAAUGUGAAGGCCGGCGCCAUACAACAAUACAUUGAACAGGAGCUUGAAGUGCAUCUCAGCAUUGUUGAAGCGGAGAAAUCCUUAUAUGAACUUAUGGAGUACAGGGCAUGGAUAACAAAGCAGAUAGAGACUCUUCACAACAAAUCGGAAGACGAGGCAACCAGAGAGAAGAUCGCUGAGCUGGAGGUCGACCUCGCACUACGCAAGGCGCAAAUAUCCGACCUGCAACAGAAGAUUCUGACUGCUGAUCAAGAAAACAAAUCCCGCACGCAAUGGGACAAUAUACAAUCGAUGCUUGAAGCCAAAGUUGCUCUCAAGUGCUUAUUCGACCUGGUGGUGGAAGCGAAACGGGAUCUGAGCAAUCAGAGCGAGAAAGGCUUUCAAGCGCGGUACGAAGAAAUCAAGGAGUCGUAUGACAGGCUGAAGAUGGAGUAUGACAGCUGUAAGACAGAAUACGAACAGCGGUUGGUUUCAAUGAAAUCGGAAAAAGAACAGAAGAUAAGUGCUUUAGUAGCCCUACAGAGAGGUAUGGUAGGGCGCAGUGACCGCAGCGAGGCGUGCAAGCAUCUGCAGAAUAUGAUCCAGGUGCAGCAAGAAAGGCUUGAGCAGGUCGAGCAGGAGAAUAAAAGGUUAAUAGAUGAGUUAGAGGAGCUCAGGAACGCGAACAAGAACGUCAAGAAACGCCCCAAGAAAGACGUUAACGGUGACGUCGAGAAUCAAGUAGAAUUCCCGCCUUCUGACGAGGAAGAAGAGGACGAGGACAAAAACAAAGACCCGGACUGGAGGAUGACGCCUUUGUUCAAACGUAUACAGGCACAACGCUCCCGUCUAACGGGGAACUUUACACAACCCGACACGACUAUCGAGUCGUCGACUCGCGCCGUGAAGCGCGGCAGCGACGGCGCGCCGCAUUGCACGUGCCGCGGACAGUGCUCCACCAAGAUGUGUGGAUGCGUCAAGUCUAACAAGGCGUGCGACGCGACUUGUCGCUGCCAGCCGCUACAGUGCAUGAACAAGCGCACGUCGUCCGACGCUGAGGACAAGGAGAACAAUCCGUCCAGCACUACAACAGAAACAUCCCCGAUUCCCAUGUAUGAUAACCGAGAUGAAUUUAACUCAACGUAUGUAAAAAAGAAGAAAACCUAUUUUUUCCAAGACAAGCCAACUGCAGUGAAGUAACUAACUUAAGGAAUGGAAUCUCUAUUUUUCGUUUUUACAUUCAGGCUUCAGAAAUCAACCACUAGUGAAACGCACUUAUGCCAAAAUCAUAUUUUUAAUCUUUAUUGAAAAACCUCUGGAGCAAAAUGUUUAAGCUUAAAGAAGGGGAAGAGGAUUCUAUAUAAUGACGUAUAUGUAUUCCAAAUAAAAAAAAAUUGCUUAAUUAAUCUAAAAAGUACUUAUACUUAUAUAUUUUUGGUAGAGUUGACAAAAAACAUUUUAAAAAAUGAUUUUGCGAGAAAAAUUCAAAACGCUCUCUUUUUAUACCUAUUAUAACUAAACUAUGAACUACUAAUAUUAUCUAUGAUGAACCGUUUAUUUAUUUAAAAAAAUAUAUUUUUCAAACUGUAAUCAGUUGUGUAAUCGAGAUAAGUAUAUCUGCCUAUAUCUGGACUACACAUGAUAUAUCACGAGUACGAAAAGAAGCUGUAAGGAUUUUUAAUGUGCCUAAGGGUCAGCGCACACUAGGCAGCAAAAUGCUCAUUUUCAUUGUUAAUAAAAAACAUCACAAGUAGAGUUCGAAGUAGUGUGCAAGAGAAAAUUAAGUGGCAUGUGUUCAAAUAUGUCCGAACAUACGCGUGUAUCGACACUUGUGAUCAAUCGCCGCUACUCCGCAGUGCGUUAUUUGCAAUCAGACGAAACGCUAAUUCAUCAUACCCACAAAAUAUAUCCCAGUGCAUAAAAAUCUUUACUUCCAUAAAUUAAAACACAAACUAAGUUGGUAUUUUCUAAUGGUACAACUCCACUAUCAGGAUUCGGCAAAUUGUUCGAGUUCCGUAUAAUUUAUGCGAAAGUUUAGCGUUCGGUAAAUAGACUGGCCAUACUCUUCGGUCUACAGCGAAUGAUUCGUGUUCGGCGACUUUUUAAAUAAAUUUGACAAAUCAGCCGGCUGGCAGACGCGACGUUCUUUUACAUAGAAUAGUCCUCCCUGUGGUGUAUUAGAUAUAUCGUGGAAAAACAAAAGAGUAGCCGCGGGAUUUAUUUAUGCCAACCAUUCGGAAUAGCGCGAAUGGUUAGAAAACGAUAAGAUUGCUGCUGGCCAUACAAUUCACGAUAUCGCGAAUUAUUAUUUACCGAAUCCCGAUAGUAAGGCCGUAUCAUAAGCGAUGAUAACGCACGCGAGCGUCCGUGAAAUCGAUUGAGAUUGAAUGCUCACGCAUCCACGACUCUGCUCGAAUGUUUGCCUGACCGCAAAGAACAUCUCGAACAUUUUGCUACUCAGUGUGCGCUGACCCUUAGAAAUAUGACUUUAAAUUGUGUAAAAUUAUGAAAUGUAUCUAAAUUAUUUUUAUUAUCUAACUGUAUUAUCCAAAUAUAAAUUGAUGGGCGUCUGCGCUCAAGUUUUAUAAUAAAUAUUUAACGUAUA